AUGGAUACAAAGGAAACAUCAGUUACGAAGUAAUUGGAAUUGUCAUGAAAAAUGUUUCAAAUUCAACAUAUGAUGAAGAGGAGGUAUUGGAAAGACCAUACCAAGUGUCGGCCGGCGUUUUGGCACUGCUUGCUGUUCUCUAUGGAUCAAUCUCCAUAAUAGCGGUUCUAGGAAACACGCUAGUCAUAUUUGUAAUUUUUAAAAAUAAGAAAAUGCAAUCCAUUACUAACAUCUUUAUCGCAAACCUUGCUUUUGGUGACGUCAUCAUUGGGAUUUUUUCCAUACCCUUUCAAUUCCAGGCCGCGUUACUGCAACGAUGGGUGGUUCCAUUCUUCUUGUGUCCCGUCGCUCCAUUUAUUAAAAACCUGUCUGUGUGUGUGUCCGUUUUUACCCUGACAAUCAUCUCCAUUGACAGAUACAUAGCGGUUAUGUAUCCUCUGAGAGCAGGCAUCAAAAUAAAAGUGGCUGUAUUCAUUCUCGUAAAUAUUUGGUUAUUUGGCAUAAUCUCCAGUUUGCCUAACUUGAUUUUCUUCGAAGUCAUAUACGUACCAGACGAGCCAUUCGAAGGUGUCGUGAAACCAUUUUGCUCACAUUUAUAUCCCUCCGUAAUGUUCAGGAACCUUCACAUAUAUUAUCUAGUUCUUAUCCAGUAUCUGUUGCCUCUACUGGUUAUAAACUUCACAUACUUUCGUAUUGUGUACACAAUAUGGGUAGCGAAAGCCCCUGGACAAUUUUUGGACAAUCAGGAAAGUACCAGAACUAGGAACCGCAAAAAGGUUGUGAAAAUGCUUAUCAUCGUUGUUUGCUUAUUUCUUAUUUGUUGGAUGCCCCUUCAUAUCUACCAAAUUUUGUCACAGAUACACCCUGCCAUUAACGAGUAUGAAAAUAUACAUAUUAUAUGGUUCUGCUCCAAUUGGCUGGCUAUGAGCAACUCAUGCUACAACCCGUUUGUCUACGGUCUACUUAAUUCAAAAUUCAAACGAGAAUAUCGGAAAUUGUUCUCUUAUUGCAAGUCCUGCAGGCGACAGUCUCCAGAUCAAUACGUGGGUGACUACUCAGAAGAAAGUGCCGGAAGUAUGCACAGAACGCAUUUCAGUGGUACACGCAUGUCCUCCCUGAAAACCGGAAGUCUUAAACGAGGAGACUACAGCAGGAGAAUGGUCAGUUUCAAAAAAACUUCGACAAAUACAGCCCGCCUGUAAUAUAUCUGUCGUUGACUGCAGAUUGAUUAAUCAAUUGCGAAAAAGUGUGAAUCUUUAAACAACCUCAAGCCUCGUUGUAAAAUGCAUCAUUGUUUAUUGUUUGUAAUAAAAUGUUAUUGUAUGAGUAAAAGAACAAC